AUGCACGCAGCCCGGACCCCCGGGAUCACCGCCCGCGCGCGCCAUGCAGCGAACCCCACCACCUCUCAGCUGUUGCCUCCGCCGCCGCCCCGGCUGGUGCUGCUGUUUUUGCUUCUCCUGUCACUGGUAAGCCGCGUCCGGGCACAGCCCCCUGACCCCGGCCGGGCGUUGCUGUCCCCAGAUCUCGCGGGCGUUGCAGGGGUCCCCUCCGAAGAGGCCAUAGUGCCGGCGAACCGCGGGCUCCGGGUGCCCUUCGGCCGUGAGGUCUGGCUGGAUCCGUUGCAGGACCUGGUGCUGCAGGUGCAGCCGGGGGAUCGCUGCGUGGUGACCGUGCUAGACAACGAUGCGCUGGCCCAGCGGCCCGGCCGUCUGAGUCCCAAGCGCUUCCCGUGCGACUUCGGCCCUGGCGAGGUGCGCUACUCGCACCUGGGCGCGCGCAGCCCGUCGCGGGAUCGGGUCCGGCUGCAGCUCCGCUACGACGCGCCGGGAGGGGCGGCAGUGCUACCCUUGGUGCUGGAGGUGGAGGUGGUCUUCACCCAACUGGAGGUUGUAACUCGGAACCUGCCCCUGGUCGUGGAGGAGCUGCUGGGCACCAGCAAUGCCCUGGACGCUCGGACCUUGGAAUUCGCCUACCAGCCCGAGGCUGAGGAGUGUCGCGUAGGCAUCCUGUCUGGCUUGGGCGCGCUGCCUCGCUACGGGGAACUCCUUCACUACCCGCCAGUCCCGGGACGCGCCAGCGAGGCGGGCACCCAGGAGCCGCUCCUGAUGGACUGCAAAGCUUUCCAGGAACUAGGCGUGCGCUACCGCCACACGGCCCCCAGUCGUUCUCCAAACAGGGACUGGGUGCCCAUGGUGGUGGAGCUGCGCUCACGAGGGUCUCCUGUGGGCAGCCCUGCUUUGAAACGCGAGCACUUCCAAGUAUUGGUGAGAAUCCGAGGAGGGGCUGAGAACACUGCCCCCAAGCCCAGUUUUGUGGCCAUGAUGAUGAUGGAGGUGGACCAGUUUGUACUGACCGCCCUGACGCCAGACAUGUUGGCAGCCGAGGAUGCAGAGUCUACUCCCGACCUGUUGAUCUUCAAUCUCACCUCUCCUUUCCAGCCUGGCCAGGGCUACCUGGUGAGCACUGAUGAUCGCAGUCUGCCUCUCUCCUCCUUCACUCAGAGGGAUUUGCACCUCCUCAAGAUUGCCUAUCAGCCCCCCUCUGAGGACUCCGACCAGGAGCGUCUCUUUGAACUGGAGCUGGAGGUAGUGGACCCAGAAGGAGCAGCUUCAGAGCCUUUUGCCUUCAUGGUGGUGGUGAAGCCCAUGAACACACUGGCUCCAGUGGUCACCCGGAACACUGGGCUCAUUCUCUAUGAGGGCCAGUCUCGGCCCCUCACUGGCCCUGCAGGCAGUGGACCACAGAACCUGGUCGUCAGUGAUGAGGAUGACCUAGAGGCGGUACAGUUGGAGGUGGUGGCUGGCCUCCGACAUGGUCACCUUGUCCUUCUGGGUGCCUCAAGUGGCAACUCUGCCCCUAAGACAUUUACGGUAGCCGAGCUGGCAGCCGGCCACGUGGUCUACCACCACGAUGACAAAGAUGGCUCCCUAAGUGACAACCUCGUGCUUCGAAUGGCGGAUGGAGGACGCAGACACCAGGUGCAAUUCCUGUUCCCUAUCACCUUAGUGCCCGUGGAUGACCAGCCACCAGUCCUCAAUGCCAACACGGGGCUGACACUGGCAGAGGGUGAAACCGUGCCCAUCCUGCCCCAAGCGCUAAGUGCAGCUGACAUGGACUCAGAUGACUCUCUGCUUCUUUUUGUGCUAGAGUCGCCCUCCUCAACUACAGGGCAUCUGCUUCUCCGUCAAACCCAUCCUCCCCAGGAGGAAGAGAUGCUGAUCAGGGGCCCUUGGAGAAAACAGGGAGCAUUCUAUGAGAAAACAGUGACAGAGUGGAGGCAGCGAGACAUAACGGAGGGGAGGCUUUUCUACAGGCACUCUGGGCCUCACAGUCCCGGGCCAGUAAUGGACCAGUUCACAUUUCGAGUCCAGGAUAACCAUGACCCCCCUAACAGGUCUGGGCUACAGAGGUUUGUGAUACGCAUUCAUCCAGUGGAUCGCCUCCCUCCAGAGUUGGGCAGCGGCUGUCCCCUUCGGAUGGUGGUACAGGAAUCCCAGCUCACACCACUGAGGAAGAAGUGGCUGCACUACACUGACCUGGACACAGACGACCGAGAACUACGCUACACGGUGACACAGCCCCCAAUGGACACAGAUAAAAACCACUCACCAGCCCCACUGGGCACCUUGGUCCUGACUGACAACCCUUCAGUGGUGGUGGCCCAUUUUACACAAGCCCAGGUCAACCACCAUAAAAUUGCUUACAGACCUCCAGAUCAAGAACUGGGAGUGGCUGCCCGAGUGGCCCAGUUCCAAUUCCAGGUGGAGGACCGAGCUGGGAAUGUGGCUCCAGGCACUUUCACCCUUUACUUGCAGCCAGUGGACAACCAGCCACCUGAGAUCCUCAACACUGGCUUCACUAUUCAGGAAAAGGGCCACCACAUCCUGAGUGAGACUGAGUUGAGUGUGAAUGAUAUAGACACUGAUGUGGCCCACAUCACUUUCACUCUCACACAGGCACCCAAACAUGGCCAUAUGAGGAUGUCUGGACAGAUACUGAGUGUAGAUGGGAUUUUCCACUUAGAGGACAUAAAACAGGGUCGGAUUUCCUAUGCGCAUAAUGGGGAUGAAUCUCUGACUGAUAGUUGCUCCUUGGAGGUCAGCGACAGACAUCAUGUGGUGCCCAUCACUCUCAGAGUGAAUGUCCGGCCAGUGGAUGAUGAGGUGCCCAUGCUGAGCCUUCCUGCGGGCACUCUGGGGUCCUAUCUAGAUGUUUUAGAAAAUGGGGCUACUGAAAUCACUGCCAAUGUUAUCAAGGGGACCGAUGAGGACACUGAUGAUUUGAUGUUGACUUUCCUCUUGGAAGAUCCACCCUUAUGUGGAGAAAUCCUGGUCAAUGGAGUUCCAGCAGAGCAGUUUACCCAAAGGGACAUCUUGGAGGGCUCAGUCGUUUACGCCCACACUAGCGGGGAGAUAGGUCUAUUGCCCAAGGAGGACUCUUUCAAUCUGAGUCUGUCAGAUAUGUCUCAAGAAUGGAGAAUAGGUGGUAAUACUAUCCAAGGAGUUACCGUGUGGGUGACCAUCCUCCCUGUUGACAGCCAGGCCCCAGAAAUUUCUGUAGGUGAACGGUUUAUAGUGAUGGAAGGUGAUAAAAGUGUUAUAACCUCAAUGCACAUAAGUGCUGAAGAUACUGAUUCCCUCACUGAUGACAUCUUGUGCACCAUAGUUAUUCAGCCUACCUCAGGUUACGUGGAGAAUAUCUCUCCAGCCCCAGGCUCUGAAAAAUCCAGAGCAGGAAUUGCCAUAAGUGCUUUCACUCUGAAAGAUCUCAGGCAGGGUCAUAUAAACUAUGUCCAGAGUGUCCACAAAGGAGUGGAACCGGUGGAAGACAGAUUUAUAUUUCGUUGUUCUGAUGGCAUUAACUUUUCAGAGAGACAUUUUUUCCCCAUCAUAAUCAUUCCCACCAAUGAUGAACAGCCAGAAAUAUUUAUGAGAGAAUUUAUGGUGAUGGAAGGCAUGAGUCUGGUGGUCGAUACGCCCAUCCUCAAUGCUGCUGAUGCUGAUCUUCCCCCAGAUGAUUUAACUUUCAGUAUUACCAGGUUUCCUACCCACGGUCACAUCAUGAACCAGCUGAUAAAUGGCACGGUUUUGGUUGAAAGCUUCACCUUGGACCAGAUCAUAGAGAGUUCCAGCAUUAUUUAUGAGCAUGAUGACUCUGAGACUCAGGAAGACAGUUUCAUGAUUAAACUAACAGAUGGUAAGCACUCUGUGGAAAAGAUGGUCAUCAUUAUGAUUAUCCCUGUUGAUGAUGAGACCCCCAGAAUGGCCAUCAAUAAUGGACUGGAAAUAGAAAUUGGGGAAACCAAAAUUAUCAACAACAAAAUAUUAAUGGCAACUGAUUUAGAUUCUGAAGAUGAAUCCUUGGUUUAUAUUAUUCGUUAUGGGCCAGGACAUGGCUUAUUACAGAGACAAAAACCUAUAGGUGUCUUUGAAAAUAUCACACUGGGCAUGAAUUUUACCCAGGAUGAAGUGGACAGGAACUUAAUUCAGUACGUCCAUUUUGGGCAAGAGGGCAUUCGGGAUCUAAUUAAAUUUGAUGUGACUGAUGGAAUAAAUGCCCUUAUAGAUCGCUACUUUUAUGUGUCUAUUGGGAGUCUUGACAUUGUCUUCCCUGAUGUGAUAAGUAAGGGAGUGUCUUUGAAAGAAGGUGGUAAGGUCACCCUCACAACAGACCUACUAAGCACUAGUGACUUGAACAGUCCUGAUGAAAACUUAGUUUUUACCAUCACCAGGGCUCCCAUGAGAGGUCACUUAGAAUGCACAGACCAACCUGGAGUAUCCAUCACAUCUUUCACUCAGCUCCAACUGGCUGGCAACAAAAUCUACUACAUCCACACAGCUGAUGAUGAGGUGAAGAUGGACAGCUUUGAGUUUCAAGUCACUGACGGACGUAACCCCGUCUUCCGGACAUUCCGUAUCUCCAUCAGUGAUGUGGACAACAAAAAGCCAGUGGUCACCAUCCAUAACCUGGUUGUCAGCGAAGGAGAAAACAAGCUGAUUACUCCCUUUGAACUCACUGUGGAAGAUAGAGAUACUCCAGACAAACUCUUGAAAUUCACUAUCACCCAGGUGCCUGUUCAUGGUCAACUCCUAUUCAACAAUACCAGACCCGCCAUGAUUUUUACCAAGCAAGACUUGAAUGAAAACUUAAUCAGCUACAGACAUGAUGGCACCGAGUCAAGUGAAGACAGCUUCUCCUUCAUGGUGACUGAUGGUUCCCAUACAGAGUUCUACGUUUUCCCUGAUACAGUAUUUGAAACAAGAAGACCCCAAGUGAUGAAGAUCCAGGUCUUAGCUGUUGACAAUAGUGUCCCCCAAAUUGCAGUGAACAAAGGGGCUUCUACACUUCGCCCUCUGGCCACAGGCCACUUGGGGUUCAUGAUCACAAGUAAAGUAUUGAAAGUGGAGGACAGAGACAGCUUACGUUUUUCUCUUAGGUUUAUUGUGACGGAGGCCCCGCGACAUGGAUAUCUCCUCAACCUGGGCCAAGGCAACCACAGUGUGACUCAGUUUACACAAGCUGACAUUGAUGAUAUGAAAAUAUGCUACGUCUUGAGAGAAGGGGCUAAUGCCACAAGUGACAUAUUCCACUUUACAGUUGAAGAUGGUGGUGGAAACAAGUUAAUCAAGCAACAUUUUCGUCUGAAUUGGGCAUGGAUCUCAUUUGAAAAGGAAUAUUACUUGAUCAAUGAGGACUCCAAAUUUCUAGAUGUCGUGCUUAAACGUAGAGGUUAUUUGGGAGAGACUUCCUUUAUAAGUAUUGGCUCAAGAGAUGGGACUGCAAAAAAAGACAAAGACUUCAAGGGCAAAGCACAGAAACAAGUGCAGUUCAACCCAGGCCAGACCCGGGCCACGUGGAGAGUGCGGAUCCUGAGUGAUGGGGAACAUGAGCAGUCUGAGACCUUCCAGGUGGUUCUCUCAGAGCCCGUGCUGGCUGCCCUGGAAUUCCCUGCAGUGACCACAGUGGAGAUCGUGGACCCAGGAGAUGAAUCAACUGUAUUCAUCCCCCAGUCUGAAUACUCCAUCGAGGAGGACAUUGGUGAACUGCUCAUUCCCAUCAGGAGAAGUGGAGAUGUGAGCCGGGAGUUGAUGGUGAUCUGUUAUACGCGGCAAGGAACGGCAAGAGGAACUGUGCCAACAUCAGUGCUGUCCUAUUCUGAUUACAUAUCCCGGCCCGAGGACCACACCAGUGUUAUCCGCUUUGACAAAGAUGAGCGGGAAAAAUUGUGCCGGGUCGUUAUAAUUGACGACUCCUUGUAUGAGGAGAAGGAAACAUUCCACGUUCUCCUGAGCAUGCCGAUGGGUGGGAGAAUUGGAUCAGAGUUCCCAGGGGCUCAGGUUACAAUCAUCCCUGACAAAGACGAUGAACCCAUCCUCUACUUUGGUGACGUCGAGUACCCUGUGGACGAGAGCAUAGGCUCUGUGGACGUGCGGGUGUGGAGAACCGGCACUGACCUGUCCCAGGCUUCUAGCGUCACCGUGAGAUCUCAGAAAACAGACCCUCCCUCUGCCGAUGCUGGAACAGACUAUGUGGGAAUCAGUCGUCAUUUAGAUUUUGCACCUGGAGUCAACAUGCAGACUGUUCGUGUUAUCAUUCUGGAUGAUCUUGGACAACCGGUGCUGGAGGGAAUCGAGAAAUUUGAACUUGUGCUUCGAAUGCCUAUGAAUGCUGCCCUUGGUGAUCCCAGCAAAGCCACCGUGGCCAUAAAUGAUUCUGUCUCAGAUUUGCCUAAGAUGCAAUUCAAAGAACGAGUAUAUACUGGCAAUGAAAAUGAUGGGCAGAUAGUUGCCAUGAUCCACAGGAGUGGAGAUAUCCAGUACAGGUCUUCGGUGAGAUGCUAUACGCGACAGGGGUCUGCCCAAGUGAUGAUGGACUUUGAAGAACGCCCAAACACUGAUAUCUCCACCGUCACCUUCCUCCCUGGUGAGCCUGAAAAGCCUUGUAUCCUUGAGCUGAUGGAUGACGUACUAUACGAAGAGGUCGAGGAGCUCCGUCUGGUUCUUGGCACUCCACAAAGCAACUCCCCUUUCGGAGCUGUGGUUGGUGAACAAAAUGAAACUCUGAUAAGGAUCAGAGAUGAUGCGGAUAAGACAAUUAUUAAAUUUGGAGAAACCAAAUUUAGCGUCAGUGAACCCAAAGAACCAGGACAGUCGGUGGUUAUAAAAAUUCCAGUGAUUCGCCAAGGAGACACUUCAAAGGUUUCCGUUGUGAGGGUUCACACCAAGGACGGUUCAGCCACAUCUGGAGAGGACUACCACCCUGUGUCGGAAGAAAUUGAGUUUAAGGAGGGAGAAAUCCAGCAUGUUGUUGAAAUUGAAGUAAUAUUCGAUGGGGUAAGAGAGAUGAGAGAGGCCUUCACUGUCCACCUAAAACCCGAUGAAAAUAUGAUAGCAGAGACACAGGCCACCAAAGCCAUUGUGUACAUAGAAGAAUUGAGCAGCAUGGCAGAUGUCACUUUUCCUUCUGUCCCUCAAAUUGUGUCCUUACUGAUGUAUGAUGACACUUCCAGAGCCAGAGAGGGUGCUGGACCUGUGUCUGGUUAUCCUGUUGUCUGUAUCACGGCUUGCAACCCUAAAUAUUCAGACUAUGACAAAACAGGAUCCAUUUGUGCAAGUGAGAACAUCAAUGACACUUUGACCCGGUACCGAUGGCUAAUCAGUGCACCCGCGGGCCCCGACGGAGUGACCAGCCCCAUGAGAGAAGUGGACUUUGACACCUUUUUCACUUCAUCCAAGAUGAUCAGUUUAGACUCCAUAUAUUUCCAGCCUGGCUCCAGAGUGCAGUGUGCGGCUCGGGCUGUGAAUGCCGAUGGCAACGAAGGCUUGGAGCUGAUGAGCCCUACGGUAACCAUCGGCAGAGAAGAAGGUCUUUGUCAGCCCCGGGUGCCAGGGAUAGUGGGAGCAGAACCCUUCUCAGCUAAAUUGCGCUACACGGGUCCCGAGGACCCAGAGUACACAAACCUCAUCAAGCUCACUGUCACCAUGCCCCACAUAGACGGCAUGCUCCCUGUGAUUUCCACCAAGGAGCUCUCCAACUUUGAGCUCACCCUCAGCCCUGAUGGCACACGAGUUGGAAACCACAAAUGCUCCAACCUCCUGGAUUAUACUGAAGUAAAGACCCACCACGGGUUCUUGACUGAUGCUACCAAAAAUCCAGAAAUAAUUGGAGAGACGUAUCCUUACCAGUACAGCUCAUCUAUCAGGGGUUCCAAUACCUUACGCUUCUACCGAAAUCUGAACCUGGAAGCCUGCUUAUGGGAGUUCGUUAGCUACUAUGACAUGUCAGAGCUGCUCACGGACUGUGGAGGCACCAUUGGAACCGAUGGACAGGUCCUAAACCUAGUGCAGUCCUAUGUGACUCUUCGAGUCCCUCUGUAUGUUUCCUACGUGUUCCAUUCCCCCGUUGGGGUAGGAGGCUGGCAGCAUUUUGACUUGAAGUCAGAGCUUCGUCUAACUUUCGUGUACGACACUGCCAUCUUGUGGACUGAUGGAAUUGUCAGCCCCCCAGAAGCUGAACUCCAAGGUUCUCUCUACCCAACUAGCAUGCGCAUCGGUGAAGAGGGGCGUUUGGUCGUGAACUUCAAGACAGAGGCUCAGUUCCAUGGCUUGUUUGUGCCGUCACAUCCCGCGGCCUUCACCAGCUCCAUGAUCAUGUCAGUUGAUCACCCAGGUCUAAUGUUUUCCCUGCGUCUCAUAAGGAGUGAACCAACCUAUAACCAGCCAGUCCAGCAAUGGAGCUUUGUGUCUGACUUUGCAGUACGUGACUACUCGGGGACCUAUACCGUAAAACUGCUGCCGUGCACCACUCCAUCACACCAGGAGUACCGCCUGCCAGUCAGCUGCAACCCCAGAGAGCCUAUCACUUUUGACCUUGACAUCCGAUUCCAACAGGUCAGUGAUCCAGUGGCAGCUGAGUUUAGCUUGAACACCCAAAUGUACCUACUCUCCAAGAAGAGUCUCUGGUUGUCUGAUGGAUCCAUGGGAUUUGGACAAGAGAGUGAUGUUGCCUUUGCAGAAGGCGAUACAAUUUAUGGUCGGGUCAUGGUGGAUCCUGUCCAGAAUCUAGGUGAUUCCUUUUACUGCAGCAUUGAGAAGGUGUUCCUGUGCACCGGAGCUGACGGCUACGUUCCCAAGUAUAAUCCAAAGAAUGCAGAAUAUGGUUGCUUGGCUGACUCUCCUUCACUCUUAUAUAGAUUUAAAAUUGUGGACAAAGCUCAGCCAGAGACACAAGCCACCAGUUUCGGAAAUGUCCUGUUUAAUGCCAAGCUGGCAGUGGAUGACCCUGAAGCUAUCUUGUUAGUGAAUCAGCCUGGAUCCGAUGGAUUUAAAGUCGACUCAACACCACUCUUUCAGGUCUCUCUGGGUCGAGAAUGGUACAUACACACCAUCUACACAGUAAGAUCAAAAGACAACGCCAAUCGAGGCCUUGGCAAACGAAGCGUGGAGUACCAAUACCACUCUUUGGUGAGUAAAGGGAAGCCCCAGGCAACUACCAAGAGCCGGAAGAAGAGGGAAAUCAGGAGCACAGCCCCGCUGGUGUGGGAAAUCGGGGCUGAAAACAACCGAGGAACAAACAUCCAGCACAUCGCCCUGGACCGCAGCAGCAGGAAGCAGAUCCCCCAGGGGAGGGUUCCUCCUGACGGCGUCCUCCCCCGGGAGCUCAACCGUCCCACCUCUGAGGUCAGCCUGGUCAUGGUGGUGGUAGGCGUCGCGGUGGGGCUCCUCGCACUCUGCCUCACGGCCAUCGCAGUGAUGAUGCGCCAGGGCAAGAAGAGCACCAGGAGGAAGGGCACCCCCAAGGGCUCCGGCAGCACCGAGCCCAUGAUGCCCCCGCGGGGCCACCACAGCGACAGCUCAGAGGUUUGA